AUGGGUCUUGCUGGGCCUAGAAACCGUACAAAAAUCGGAGCCGAUCCCCGAAACACCAAUUGGUCCAACAAUACUGAUCGCUUCGGUCAUCGAAUUCUUACCACGCUCGGUUGGCAGCCUGGAAGUACUCUUGGUGAUACCUCGUCGCUAUACCAUCAAUCCGGUCACAUUACUGCUGCAUCCGCGGCCGGUGUAAAGAUUGUCCUUAAGGAUGACAACCUUGGGAUCGGAUGCAACAAGAGGCAACGUGAGGAUGAGUGUGUAGGCCUCGACGGACUUCAGAGCUUGCUGGGGCGACUGAACGGAAAAGGCAACGAUGAGCUAGAGAAAGAGGCUGAGACCCGGGACAAAUUAAGGCGGGAUGUCAUUGUGGGUGAACGAUAUGGAAUGAGAUUCGUUAGGGGCGAGACAUACGUCAGUAGCGACAUCGAUACCUUACUAAAAAAGAUUAAGCUCGAAGGAGAGAAAGAGGCAGAAGUGAAAGUGAAGGUAGAAGUCAAAGAAGAAGAAGAGUUGGGGGAGAAGAAGAGGAAGAGCAAGAAAGAAGCCAAGGUCAAGAAGGAAACCAAAGUCAAAAAGGAAGAGUCUGAGAGCGAACCCGAAAUGGCCGCGAUCCCAAUUACACCUUCAGAUGAAAGCUCUUCGGUCCGUAUCAAAAAAGAGAAAAAAGAAAAGACCAAACGCGAGAAAUCAUCUUCAAAGUCCGAAUCAGCUACACCGGUGCCUGGGGACGACUCGGACUCUAAGUCAAAGAAGCGGAAACGGACAGAUGAGGAUUCCACCGAGAAAAACAAGGACAAGAAGGACAGGGUUUCCAAAAAGUCUAAAAACGGCGAAACACACGAACAGAGGAAAGAGAGAAGAACUAAAGAGAAGAAAGCAAGAGAAGCUAGAAGAGCCGAGAAGAAAGACAAGAAGAAAAAAAAAUCGAAAUCUUCGUCUUCGGACUCAGAUUCAUCAGAGGAUGAGUCUACCCCGGCGGCGUCUGGAACUGCAACUCCAUCCGGGUAUUCAGCCCUGGUAGGGCGGCAAGCAGUGAGACAUCGGUUCAUUGCGGCGAAGAGAAGUGCCGUAAUGGAUGCUAAGGCACUGAAUGAGAUUUUCAUGAUUAAGGCAUGA